UUUUAUAUAAUGGUAGAAAGAGAGACACAUGAAGCAGAAUAUUACUAUCGAGUCUGUUUCAUUCAAAUAGAUUAGACCGAAUAAAACAUAAAAUUUCAAAUGUUUUAUAAAAAUAUAAACUAUUUCCUUUGGUCUAAAUAGCUGAUAAAUGAUAACGUACCUAGUUGAGCUGUGAUAGAUACAUAUGUGAAGCACCACUUACUAAUAAUUACGAAAAAGAAUACACUCUUAGAACAACCAGAAUACUCAAGUCCUUAUUUAUUAUUUAAUGCUAAAAUAAAUAUUUAUUAAAUUUGUUCAAAUAAGCACACCAACGAUCAAAAAACAAUGAGCCACAUAACAAAUCUUCAAUCAUUUUUGAAACAUUCUCGUCAAUGUUUGAUUGUCAUGUACCGCAGAAUCUAUACAUUUUACAAUGGGUAAUGAAUCUUGUGACUUGGAUUCAACUGUAGCAGCGCUCUCUUUGGCUUACUUCUUAUAUAAAACAAUUUUUCAUAAAAUAGUUAUACCAAUCAUGAAUGUUACAAAGGAAAAUUUUCUAUUGAGAAGUGAGAAUGUGUUUGUUUUAAGAGAAGCAGGGAUUUCUUUGGAUGACUUAGUUUAUAGGGAUGAAAUAGAUUUUGAGACAAUAACAUCAAAAAGUAACAUCAGUUUAUCAUUGGUUGACCAUCACAUUUUGGCAGCCAAAGACAAUACUUUAAACUCGUUUGUGGUGCAAAUUUUCGAUCAUAGACCAGUGGAUCUAAGCCAUAAAUGGGUAGAAAACGUUCAGAUUAGAAUUGAAGCGGUCGGCUCAUGUUGCACUUUAAUUGCAGAUGAAAUUUUGAAUUCUGAUGAAUCAAUUUUAGAUAGACCGUUAGCUUAUUUACUUUAUCAAACUAUUGUUUAUGAUACUAUUGCCCUUAAACCAGAAUACCAUAAGGCUACCCCAUUAGAUAUAGCUGUAGCUACUAAAUUGGAGGAAAAAUUUAAUUUUGAGGAGGAUAGACAAAUUUUGUUUGAUAAAUUAUGGAAUGUUCAUAAUGAUGUAUCCCAUUUGACCCCAAAGCAAUUGCUGCUCAAGGAUUUAAAAGCUGUUGAAGGAGUGUUUAUACCUGGCUUACCCAUGUUGGCUGAAAAAUAUUUAAAGCUACAGGGGUCUUUUGAAGCACUUAAAGAGUUUGCUGCGGAACGCAAAGUAACAUGCCUGUUGAUAGUUGGGUUGGAAGCAAGCAGUAGUGUGCAAAGAGAUCUGGCAAUUUACUCAAACUCGCCAGAAGAUGAACUUAGAUUAAUAUUGCUUAAACAAUUGCUAGUUAAAAAGGAGGAAUACGCACUAGAAGAGAGAGCAACAGACUAUAAAGAACAAAUAAUACUUUUGCAUAUAAAUAAUAUUCAGGCAUCCAGAAAACAGUUGGUUCCCAUAGUAAAAGAGGCUUGGCAGUUGUAUGUAAUAAAAUUAAAUAAAAAUACAUAAUAAUAUUUAAUUAAAAUGUUUGAUGAAUGAAAUGAAAAUAUGAUACUGAAAAAAAUUUUCUCAUUAAAUUACAGUUUCACUGUU